GCAGCUGACGCGUCCCUCGCGAUUUCGCUUGCUUCGAUGACGAGUCAUCGGUAGAUCUCUGAAUGCUGACUGCGCGGAACGCCAGCGAGGCGCAUUAUUGAUGGCGUCGAUCCUUGCUGGCAGCAAGGACGGAGGAUGCGCAGCAUAUUUGUCCUUCCAGCUACGCCAUGUGGUGAGGGUCGAGCGACAAGCCCAUAUCAUCGUGCUCCGUUCAUGGAGGCGCCGGAAGGCUGCGCCCGCGUGUUUGCGCCCUGCUGCCGCCCUCGCGGAGCAUCGUGGUCGUGGCGCUUAAUUGUGCACCUGAUGCACUCACCACUAGCUGCUGCAUGUGACUCACGACUCUACACAUGGGUCUGCGCGUCAUCCUUUAUCCACCACCAGGCGUCAACACCGCGGCGGGCCGAGGCACUCUGGUCGGCGCAGCAGAACCGAAUAUCGCGCCGCAGAGGUCGGCAGGGAGGGAAAGAAAGAAGGAACGCUGCAGAGUAUUGCAUUCACAAUCUGAAUGCAACACUCGGAUUGCUGUGGAUCAGAAUGGUGAAUGAUCAGUCACGAGUCAUGCGCGUUGAUCGUGACUAUUGCCAUGGUUGCUUUGACCUGGCUGCUGCUGAUUGCUCAAGUAAAUGCUUUGGCCACGUAGCUGUUGGUAAUUUGGCGCACUUUGCUGCUGGUAGCAGGAAUCGAGCCUAUUUGAGAAAGCCGUCGCUCCGUCAAGAAUCGGUGCUUGAGCAUUUAUAGAUCAUGAACACCUCCAUAUCAAAUCAGAAGAUCCCAAUUAAUCUUUGAGUUGAUCACGAAUUACGGGUCGUGAAUCGUCAAGAGUUCUGAAGGUCGAUGCAGGGCGUGAGAUGGGCCG